AGCCACCCCGGCGCCCAACGACUUGCCAGAUCCCGUGUGCCGCACCGGCCGAGCCCACACCCCAACCACACGAACCAACGUUCCCCCCGGGCCCCCGCGAGGAAAACCAUGUGCCGAGCCCGGCCGCCCGCCAUGUUCCCACGCGCCAGGCGCCACUAAAUCAGCAGCGCCUGGCCGCCCGGAGCUCCCCCCAGUAGCGGCAGCAACAAAGCAGGCAGCAGCCAGAGCCAGCAGUAACAGUAAGCAGCAGAAACCAUGGCGAGAUCAGGGCGGGAAGGGGAGGAACGGAAGCUGGUGCUGGGCAAGUACGAGCUGGGCCGCCUGCUGGGGCAGGGCACCUUCGCCAAGGUCUACUACGCGCGGGACCUGAGCUCCUCCGGCGCCGCCGGUGGUACGGGCAGCGGCGGCAGCAGCAGCAGCAGCAGCGUGGCCAUCAAGGUGAUCGACAAGGCGCGGCUGCGGCGCACGGAGGGGAUGGUGGAGCAGCUGCGGCGUGAGAUCUCCAUCAUGCGGAUGGUGCGGCACCCCAACGUGGUGGGCAUCCGGGAGGUGCUCGCCAGCCGCUCCCGCGUCUUCGUCGUCAUGGAGUACGCGCGCGGCGGGGAGCUCUUCGCCAAGGUCGCCCGGGGCCGCCUCACCGAGGACCACGCCCGCCGCUACUUCCAGCAGCUCGUCGCCGCCGUCGGCUUCUGCCACCGCCGCGGCGUCGCGCACCGGGACCUCAAGCCCGAGAACCUGCUGCUGGACGAGGAAGGCCGGCUCAAGGUCACCGACUUCGGGCUCGCCGCGCUCCCCGAGCAGCUGCGCCACGACGGCCUCCUCCACACGCAGUGCGGCACCCCGGCGUACGUCGCCCCCGAGGUGCUCCGGAAGCGCGGCUACGACGGCGCCCGCGCCGACCUCUGGUCCUGCGGCGUCGUCCUCUACGUCCUGCUCUGCGGGUUCCUCCCGUUCCAGCACGACAACUACGUCAAGAUGUACCAGAAGAUCUUCAAGGCAGAGUACCAGGUGCCGCCCUGGGUCUCCGGCGACGCGCGACGCCUCAUCGCGCGCCUGCUCGUCGUCGACCCCGCGAAGCGCGCCUCCAUCGCGGAGAUCAUGUGCACGCCGUGGUUCAGGAAGGGCUUCGUGCCGCCAGUCCUUUCACCGCCGGUAACGCCCCCGAAGAAACGGCUGGACGAGGACCACGACGCCGCCGGCGACCUCUUCGACACCGACGACGACGACAACAGCAGCAGCUGCAGCAACUCUGGCGCCACCGCCACCUCGCCUCGGUCCUGCAACGCGUUCCAGCUCAUCUCCUCCAUGUCCUCCGGGUUCGACCUGUCGGGGCUGUUCGAGAACGAGCAGAAGGCCGCGACCGUGUUCACGGCCCGCGCGGCGGCGGCCACCGUGGUGGAGAAGCUGGAGUCCGUAGCGCGCACCCUGGGGUUCGAGAUCACCAGGGGGAAGGAGAGCGGGAAGGUGAGGAUGGAGGCCAAGGCCGAGGGCACAAACGGGCGGCUCGCGGUCACCGCCGAGGUGCUCGAGGUGGCCGUGGACGUGGCCGUCGUCGAGUUCGCGCACGACGCCGGGGACGCGCUGGACUUCAACAAGUUCUGCGCGGUGGACGUCCGCCCGGGGCUCGCGGAGAUCGUCUGGGCGUGGCAGGGCGACAGCCCGCCCGCGCCGGCCGCCGCCGUCGGGACCGCGUGAACAAGAACAAACGGCCCCUUCGUCCUGUCCGUGAUGUAAAAAUUGUAGCGACUUUGCGUAGGAGUUACACCAGCUUCAUAUAGCAUGUAAGUCAAGUUUUCGUUGUUGCUUCGAGACAGCCAUGGCUAGUUUUGUUAUGCGUCAUGUGUUGUACAGGAAGAGAACAGGUGCACAAAAUUAAAGAGAGGUGUUUUGUCGACACGAGUGUCCAAUCGAGGCGCUGAGUGCUCCAUCGGCUUGCAAAGUUUUGUAGUGAAUGUAAUCUGUAUUUUGUGGAGAGGUGUACAUACAUACAAAAUUUUGGUCAUGAUCAAAUUUAGU